UGAAACUCGAGUUAGUGGGUCAGAUUCGCUGAGAAAUAGUUGGGUUUAAUUUUCCUAUAGAAAACAGUGGAUUUUUCGUUUAUAUUUCUGAACAGCCAUGAGCCUGAUGAUGUAUAUAUUUUUGGGGAUUGUGGCACUUCUGUUUGUUGCAGCUAUGAUCGUAUGUGUUCUAGCCAGUUUCACAACACCCACUGUUCCUGUCGAUCCUGAAGAAGUUGAUGCGCAAAUAAUUCGUUUCUUGGACAGGGUAGUAAAUACGCCAGCCAAACCAACUGUCUGCCCAGAAGAAACUACCACAAUAGCGGAGCCAUCAGAAAAACCGGAUGUCCCAUUGUUGAAAACAGAAGCAAACGUCAAUACUCGUAACGCUUCCCAUAAAGGUUACGAACAAACAUUCCAUGAAAUGGCAAUUCGAGUGGUUCCUGGUAGAGAGCAGCGCUAUCGCCACGUGGUAUUCUAAUAUUUAGUGCCUCAUUGUGCCUUCGGCAAUGCACUGCAGCAAAUGACGGUUUUUAGUGGCGAAAAGAUUUGACGCAUGUGUUGAGCUGUGUGUUUCGUCAUGAUUGGUACACGAUACGUACUACCGGUACACUAAAUGUGUAUUUAUUAUAUUCUUCACAAACAUACAUGUAUUUCCCGGAGUCAAAAGGUGCAGAUUUAUAUCAUUACCUAAAAAAAAGAAAGAAAAAAAAAAAGAUUGAUUUAUAUUGCUUUUCACGUAUUCUCCUGUUGAAUGUUAUAUUUUUGUGUAAUCAACCAUGAUAUUUUAUUACAGUACGCAUGCCUAUUCGUUGGUUACUUUAGUCAUGAACUUUUAUUUCAGAAAUACACACAUCUGAUAAAAAGUAUAGGUAAUUAACAUGCAAAUAGUACAGUACACAAAUGAAACUAACAUAAGUGGCAUUAGUUUGGAAGUGUCAUGAUAGGUACAAUAAGAGCACAAACCAAAACUGAAAACUAUUUAUUAUUAAUAAAAGACUUGAUGCUCUGAGUCUAGCCCCUCCCUCGCCAUACCAGUUUAUGUUUACAAAGCUCUCUUGUGUUGACUGUGACAUCAUGCUAUGAAUCUCCAAAUGUGAACACGUAGCAAAACAGAGCAACCAAGCUUUAGAUGACGUCACAUUAGGAAAUGCGGCUCACUCUGCUACAUUAAGAAUGUGCUGCCCUCUCUUAGUUAUUCAAGUAAUUAGCUUUCAGGUCCAAUUUUAUUUUGACAUUCCGUCCGUCACAGUGUAUUCGUCUCGAAUGCUUUGCCCCCCCCCCCAAAAAAAACUUUUAAGCUAACUAACAUAAAAAAACAACGACAAAACAACAGAUAAUCUAAAUAUGCGUUCGUUUUCACCUUGCGCUAUCACAUGAAGCAUAAUCUAGAACGCUAGAUGCGACAUAACCUGCUCAAGGUACCUCAGCAUAGCUGCCAUGUUGACGCGGUCAAGCUUCUUCGGCAAAACCGUUUAUAAUAAAUUAGAACAGCUGGAUGUCAAUUCUAAAAAUCACAACAUUUGUUCGGUAUUCAACUGUAAUUUUAAGCGCAACGAGUACAUCAAGAAACGGGGAAUCGCAUUUCGUUAAUGAACUUUUUAUAUCUAUUAGUGAGUGUUUUUUAUGUUACUUUUGUAGCAAAGGUGAUGCUACAGUGAAAAAGUGAAAACGUAUACUACAUUAUUCAAACUUUCCUUUGAAAAAAGGGACAGUAUUCGUCGCCAGAACAUACUUUACUAAUUACAGAAGUAAUUUGUAACGUUAGGCCUAAGUUUAUGGAGAGAUUAUAGCUUUAGUAUAAGCCUUGAAAAACCCUAUGAAAUCCGAUACAUACGACCAAUACAAAAAGUUUUUGACCUUGUAAAACAGCAUUUGUUAACAAAAAUUAUUAAUACAAUAAUCUGUAAUUAUAAUGUGCGUGCUUUUGUGAUAUUUCCAGAGUUACGUAAGAUGGCACAAUGUUUUCGAGUCCUGUUGUAUAAAUUUUAAUUUAACUCCAACUUUACCAAAAGACCUUGCAUUUUAUUUCUUUUAAAAACACGACAAUACAUAACUUAAUGGCUUACAGUGGCUCUUAUGCACUAACAGAUAUACAUAUACGUGUAUAAAUAAUGUAUGUUGACAGAAAUUGACUUUCAUUUCUUGAUCAGGUACUUCCAAGUGCAUGAAGCCCCAGUAGCUGAAUGGUAGGCACUGUCUACCUCUCCCUCUGUAUCUAACCUAGUAAAACAAAUUUACUUUAUGUAUUUUAGUCAAAGGCCUUAUAUAGGAAUAUUUAGUAUAUAUUGAAGGGGUAGGGAUGGUAGACAAUUAGUAUAUUUUUUAGCAUAUGAACUAUAAUUAGAAGCAAUAAUAAUAUACUGGAUUCUUUCACAUACAUCUGAAAUAUGGACAUGGUGUGAUGCCGCACUUUUCUCAGUUAUAAACCAGGUGUAAUCCGUCGUUUUGUAAUUUGUAGGUCUUGAUCUAGAUUGGAAAUAAUACCCAGUUUAAAACGCUUAAAAUAAUCGAAAUAAAUGAAAACAGCUUGAUUCAUAGCCGUACGUUUUUAUUUUCAACCCAAAUAGAACGAUUUGUGGUACAAUCAAUAUUGCUAGCAAGUAAAUAUUUUAAAUGUUAGGCUCCAGAAAUCAUGAACUUUCCAUUUGGUUUCCUUUGGUAAGCUGAAGUUGACUACUCCAAUAUGGUGUAUAUGUAUAUUAUUAUGAUCCUCUUUGUGAAGCAUUGUAUGUACGUUUUUUUUUGUAAUAAAGCACCAUUGUAAAUCUUU